CUGCCACGGCCGCCGCGAGCGCUGCGGGCGGCGGCGGCGGCGGCGAAGAAGGCGCGCAACCUAAGAGCCGCCCAUUCAGCGCCAGACGGCAACACGCUGCAACACGCGAAGCGACUCGACCCGACCAAACCAGACCGCCUCUCCAGUCCGGUGCCGCGGGUGCCCAUGGACCGCACGUCGCACCCCGUGCCCACUGACCCGCGCACGAGCUAGCGCCGCCCGCUAGUGCCAGGGCCACAGCCACGCCAGUGUCAGUGCCAGUGCGCGUGUGAGUGCGAACGAGUGAGCGAGAGCUUGUGCGAGUGUCGGUGCCGGUGCCGCCGCAUGGGCCGCCAUGUGGACGCCGGGCCUCCUGCUGCUGCCGCUGCUGCUCCUCGGCGCCCUCGCGCCCUUCGGGGCUCAGGGAAUGCCACGGAGAAAAUACUUAUGCCCUGCUGACUUUGUGCGCCAUGGGAACAGCUGCUAUUACUUCAGUGUACACAUGGCCACAUGGUUUGAUGCUCACUUUGCAUGCAAGGAUCGCAAAAGUGAACUAGCAAUUUUAGACAAAGGAUGGGAAGACCGCAAUAUGAGAACAUAUCUCAAUAAACCAGAGCUCGCUCGCUUGGAGAGGUGGAUUGGAGGAAUCUACAACUGGGAGACUAAGCGUUGGGUGUGGGGUGCCAAUGGCGGACACCCCCUCAAAUACCAGGGCUUUUCCAAAAUGGCCAAAGACAGUGAUCCCAAAUGGAACUGCAUCAUCAUGGACCCGUCAAUGAACUACAAAUGGACCAGUCGUGUAUGCCUUGACAAGAAGCACUACAUCUGUGAAGUGCCACUCAAGCGACUUAAACCUCCACAACCUCAUGUAGCACAGCCACAAAAGCCCAGAAAGAAUCCCAAGGAUCCCAACAAACCGAAAAAGCCACGCGACCCUGCGAAGAGGCCUAGAGACCCUAACAAGAAGCAACAUGACCCCAACAGACCAAGAGACCCCAACAGGCGCCAGAAACAACAGAGGCAAGGCUGGAGGCAAAGACAGCACUUGCGUCAACAGCAGCGUGCCAAUGCAAAGCAGCAGACUACAACUGCAGCUCCCGCAAACAACCAGCCUGCAAGUCAGACACAGUACCAGCCUCGACCAGGCUAUCAUCAAACUUGGGCUGGCCAACACAGGUACAGGUUCCUUCAAAUUCAGCCUGAUCUGCUCCCAUACCGAGAAGAGGUGCUCAUAUGAACAUCUUAUCAUCACUCUCCAACCCACCUGUCUAUAAAAUAAAUAAAUCCUGUUGCCUACUAUAUUUAUAUAAUGUAUAUUUUGUAAAUUUGAUACAUAAAUGUAAAAAAGAAGUGAAUUCUCAUAACAAACAUACAUGGAAAACUGAAGUGGGUCACAAAAAUAUUAAUGCAUCCCACACGUAACAGUUGAAUACUUAUUCAUGGAGCUUUCAAUGUUAUUCCAUUGUACAAUUUCUUUCAAACUUAAAACAGAAAAUUGCGAAGUAUGCAAAAAAAUAUUAAAUUUCACACAUCAUAAAUAGACCCACAACACAACAGAAAUCAUAUGUUCCUUAACAAAUUUGCAUUUAUGAUUUUAAAACACAAUGAGGAAUGAGAGCGUAGGCUUCCGCGGCUGGAGUCAGUAGCUACUUGACUAUCCAGGGGUACAUCUAUGCCUAGGAUGCGUCAUCCUAAGACAACCAAGGAGCUACAAUGAGGGAAGACUGCAACACAUAUUUGUACUCACGUUCCUAUAGUCCUUUCAAUGAUACACAACUUUCAAUACGAAUUAAUGAUAUCUUUAGGAACAUAAUCUGAAAAUCAUAUUAUAUUCGCUUGUUGAGUGCCACCGUAUAACCAAAUCAUACAAUCAAUACACAAUAAGUAGUGUUGAAGUAAAAUAUAUUGUCGAAUCUUAUUUAUUUUACUAAGAAGAAAUUUUAUGCAUCAAAAGUAGAAGGUAAGAACAUUAAAAGUAGAAGAAAUUCUUACACAAAUCCGCAUGUUUUCAUAAAAGUUCCAGCCCGUAUUCAGUACGAUACUUUUCUAUUAAUUUUAUCUAUGAUAACUGAUGUGAUCACAAAACCACACCACACAACUUAAAAGUGUAUUUCUAGUUCUUAAAAAAUUGUAGCAAGCUGUAUUUUGUGAAUAUAUAAUGACUUUUCUAAUUUAUUCCUAUUUCUUCAUUAUUUUAAUGUACAAGUAUUUAAAUAAAUGAUAAACAAAAAAUCUUAAUUGUUUUAAUUAACCUAAAUAAAAUAGACAAUUGCCUGGAAACUCAAUGUAUCGGAAAAGCAAUGCCCAUUCUAUUAGAAAUUUCAUUUUUCACAAACCAAUUCUCCAAACAUAAUUCAUUAUGAACAGC